AAUCGAAAGCAUGCUGGUUUGUCGGUUAUGGAGAUGGUAAAAAAAGAUGGACUCUAUGUAACCCGACAACACGGAAGUAUACCACAAGUCCUAGUGUCCGUUUCGACGAAACGCUCCUCAUCACUGAUGUUCCAGAGUCAAAAAACAAACCAAACCAACAUGUUUCCACAAAACUUUGAACCGUUUCACAUUGUAUCUCGAUACUCGGACUGGAUGACGAGAUCGAAAAUCCCCUACCAAACCAAGUCAAUGCUCCUGCCAUGGCACCAAUCACGAUCAACCGUGAAAUCGGUGUCAUUGAGCCGAACAAAGACCAGGACGGCAGCGAAGAAGACGACACUGAUGACCAAAUAUCGUUCGUAACGGUCGAAGAAUUAUCUGAAAAUGGAUUGAUUGAUGACUGGGUACUGAGUCAUAGCCCGUCUGGUGUUUUUCAAGAAGCUGACCACGACGUGAAUUCUGAAGCUGGACCAAUAGAAGUCGAUGAUCAAUUGCCAGUGUCACCUGAACAUAUUCCUGCACCACCUGCCGUGAAUCCUGUCGAGCUAAUCCAAAGUCUACCUGGGGAGGAGCCACUGAUACUUGGCAGAUGGAGCGUUGGUCGAUCAAGCAGAGCACCUCAAUAUACUGCGAGGUACAAUGAGUACAAAAGAGGUCUGGCAGAUAAAGCGGAUAUGGUGCUUCUCGAUGAGUUUCGUACAAACGAAUUAGCUCUCGUUGCCGAGCCAUUUGAUCCUCAGAGUUAUGAUAAAGCAGUAGCGUCGGAUUGUCCUGAAAAGUGGAUGGCGGCAUUCAAAGAGGAAUUUGACUCUCUGGAGAAAAACAACACCUGGAAGCUAGUCGAAAAACUGCCUCCCGGAUACACUGCUAUCAACUGCAAAUGGAUUGGGAAAAUUAAACCAGGUUACGAAGGUGUGCCGGAGAGAUACAAUUGACGUCUUGUAGCUAUUGGUUGCCGUCAAAAAUUUGGCCGUGACUACGACAAAGUGUUCUCUCCUGUCGCUCAUCAAGAAGCUGUCAAAGCAAUACUCGCUGAGGUUGCGUCCCGCGGUUUGUAUGCCAAACAAAUCGACAUCAAAACGGCGUUCUUAUAUUCAGAACUGGACAAGAAAAUCUUCAUGAAACAUCUUCAGGGCUUCCUUAAAAAAGGGAAUGAAUCAUGGGUAUGCGAGCUGCAAAAAUCAAUUGACGGUCUUAAACAAGCGCCCCGCCUUUGGUAUCAACUGCUGGACCGAGUUCUUGGAACCUUCUCACACAAAGGCAAGCACUUGGUGAAAUCUAAUGCAGAUAAGUGUGUCAACGUGCUCAGAGAUCAAAUUUUCAUUUUAAUUGUAAUUGCCCAUGUCGAUGAUCUGUUUAUGGCAGCAACUACAACGGAAGCCCUGGAUGCACUUGUCAAGCUUGUGCUGUUUGAGCAAUUUUAAGGACGAUCUGUUCCCCCCACUCGUUUUCUAGGCACGGAUAUUACGAGAGACCUAAUCAACAAGAAAAUCCACCUAAGCCAGCAGCACAUGAUAGUGAAAUUGAUCGACCGAUUUUGUAUGGGAAAUUUGUCUCCUAAGUUCAUCCCUGCUGACCCAUCCAAAAGGCUGAAACGGUGCAUGCUUGCAUCAGACUCGUUCAAUUUCCCGUAUGGAGAGGCGGUAGGAGCCCUUCUCUAUCUUGCAAUCUACACCAGACCAGACAUAUCUCUUAUGCUGUUGGACAAGUAGUGAAACACUGUCAAA